UGCGUGCGUGUGUGCGUGAAGAUGCAACAAUCAUUUCUCUAUGAUUGCUCGCUUCCUCCUGUCUGGAUCGGGACACUGAUCCUCUGUCCUGCUCACUGAUGCCGGGACUUUGACAGGGGAGAAGGCGGCGGCGCGGAGCGGAUCGCUGCAGCUGCGGCGCGCGGUGCACAGCAGCACUCCGGGAGAUUACUUUCAAGUUUGCGGGGCUCACGAAUGUAGCUGUUUUGUGGACGACCCAGUGCUGCAACAUGGGUGUUGACUGAAGGGAGGGGGAAAAAAAAGAAGAGUUUCUCCACGCUGUGAACGGAGGAUGCGCCGGUGAGGAUUAAAAACUGCCUCCAAUAAUUCCUGGAUCAUGCAGAUUCUGCCGCCACGGACGUUAUUUGUGUUACUGGCUCACGCACAUGUGGUAUUUUCUCUGAGAAACGAUGGAGAAGUUCGGACUAAAGAGGACAGCAACAGCAGCGCGUACUCGGGCAGGACUUUGCACGGGUCGAGCCAUCAAAACAAAGCCCGGGACCGUGCGCUCUCGCCGGGUUACGCCACAGGUGCGUCCUCGGCGGAGCGGCAGGCGCAGCUGGCAAUUAUCAGAGGGACCCUCAACUCCACUCACCCCUGGAAGAGGGUGAUUGCGGGAGAAACCAGGCGAAUCGGACACAACAAACGCGACUUCAAUAGGACUGUGACACCCAUGGAGGAUCCCAACGCCGCCCCACACUGGGACCCGACGCGCCACCAUAAUAAGAGGAUAAAGUUGAAUGGCGGCUUCAGUAGUACGGGGACGCCAGCAGGUGGACACUACAAUGUGGAUAAGCUCUCUUCAAUGGCAAGGGGGGACGAAGGAGGGGGGCCCGAGGAGGCCGACAGGCACAAGAGAGGCACAAAAGACGAGCAGAAGAAAGCCUGGAAGAGGGGGAGAAACCGGCUCAACAAAAGCUCGGUGGGUUUGGCUCAACCCCACGAGUCGCCCUGGGAACCCAUCCCCAAGCCGGUGGCCCUCACCUCCACCGACAUGCCCUUUGACCUCUUCACCAGGAGGCCCGACCUCUUCACUUUCAGGGAGGAGAAUCCGUGGGACGCCACACCGAUCACCCCUCCGAGCUCGCAGGAUUUCGGGGACGAGAUCAAGAACCCCUUUUACCCCGUGACGAGCGAAACUUACGGCGCCUACGCCAUCACCUGCGUCUCCGGGGUGAUUUUCCUCGUGGGGAUCGCGGGCAACAUCGCCAUCCUGUGCAUCGUGUGCCAAAAUUACUACAUGAAAAGCAUCUCCAACUCUCUACUGGCCAAUUUAGCUGUCUGGGAUUUUGUGCUCAUCCUCUUCUGCCUGCCCAUGGUGGUUUUCCACGAGCUGACCAAGUCUUGGCUGCUGGGAGAGUUCACCUGCAAAGUGGUGCCCUACGUGGAGGUGGCCUCCUUGGGUGUUACAACCUUCACCCUGUGCGCUCUGUGCAUUGAUCGCUUCCGGGCGGCCACCAACGUCCAGAUGUACUACGAGAUGAUCGAGAACUGCACGUCCACCACCGCCAAGCUGGCGGUCAUCUGGAUCGGCGCCCUCCUCCUGGCCCUGCCGGAGCUCCUCAUCCGGCAGCUGGUGGCGGAGGACACGGGGAUCCCCGACGAGCCGCCGGUUGAACGCUGCAUUAUCAGGAUAUCGACCUCGCUCCCCGACAUGCUCUACGUGCUGGGCCUGACGUACGAGGGCGCUCGGCUGUGGUGGUGCUUCGGCUGCUAUUUCUGCCUCCCCACCCUCUUCACCAUCGGCUGCUCGCUGGUGACGGCGCGGAAAAUCCGCCGCGCCGAGCAGGCCAGCGUCCGCAGCAACAAGAAGCAGAUCCGGUUGGAGAGCCAGAUGAACUGCACCGUGGUGGCGCUGGCGAUCGUCUACGGCGCGUGCGUGGUGCCCGAGAACAUCUGCAACAUCGUCUCCGCGUACAUGGCGGCCGGAGUUCCCGAGCGCACCAUGUCGGUCCUCCACCUCCUCUCCCAGCUGCUGCUCUUCUGCCGGGCGGCCGUGACGCCGGCGCUGCUGCUCCUCCUGUGCCGCCCGCUGGGCAGGGCCUUCCUGGACUGCUGCUGCUGCUGCUGCUGCUGUAACCACGCUCCCUCCUCGGCCACGGCCAGCGACGACAACGAGCACGAGUGCACCACCGAGCUGGAGCUGUCGCCGUUCAGCACCAUCCGCAGGGAGCUGAGUAACUACACCCCCGCUGGCUCCAACUGCUAAAACUCACGUUCCUCAUCAGGGAAGGAGAUCUGGCUGGCCUGUUAUCGGCCUGCGGCUGGUAUUUCUCAGACUCGGCUCGGAGAGAUUUGCCUUACCUGGUCCACUUAGGGUGCAUAAAGGAAGCCGAACACUGAAUAUUCACCGUCCACCAAUGGUCCUACGUCCUCAACACAACUUCUUUUACA